CUGGACAGAAUGUUCGCUUCGACGUCACAAAGAAAUGAUGAUGGUUUGCGGGCGUCUUACAAUAUCUCGUUACUUAUAGCAAAAUCCGGAAAACCGCAUACUAUCGGAGAGAAGUUAAUUUUGCCAGCCGUUGAAGAGGUUUUAAAAACUGUUUUACACAAACCUGCAUCUGAUAUCAUUAAAAGAAUUCCCUUAAGCAACAAUACUGUUGAAAGACGUAUUGAUGAAAUGAGUUCUGAUAUUGAAAGCUUCUUAUGUAAUUAUUUGCAAACGACCCAUUUCUCUAUACAACUUGACGAGUCAACUUUACCUAAUAAUGCAGCAUUAUUAUUGGCAUAUGUUUGUUUUAUUAUGAAUCAAGAAAUCUACGGAGAACUGCUCUUCGCAAGAACUUUGAUAACCGACACUAAAGGUGAAUCAAUAUUUCAUGUUUUGAAGGAUUACUUCAUUGAAAAAGCAAUUCCUUUAUCAAAUAUAAUAUCAGUAGCUACAGAUGGAGCACCUGCCAUGGUUGGACUGGUGCAGACAACGGUCACUCUGGGAUCAGGAAUGGAACAGUAUUGUCUUUAGCAUGCACGUUGGUCGUGCCAGGGUUAGAAGGCGACGUGGUGAAAGGAGGAAUCCCCCGGUUUUUGUUGAAAGACAUGUUCAUCACACUGUUGGAGUUAUGGUUUGGGGUGCUAUAGCUUAUGGUUCAAGGUCACCUUUAAUCUUUAUCAGAGUUCUAGAACCCCAUCUUUUACCCUAUCUUGACACCCUGGCAGAUCCAACUUUCCAACAAGAUAAUGCCCGACCACAUGUUGCAAGAGAGUUGGUGGUUGCCUGGAAUGGGAUACCACAGGAGGACAUUGACCACCUGAUCAGAAGCAUGCCUAGGCGCGUUGGAGAAUGCGUAGCACAUCAGGGUGCAUCCACACAUUAUUAA